CUCUCCUUUCAAGGAAAUGGUACAGUCCGCCAGCAUUCUCAGUUCUCUGCUUGAAUUCCUCUCUGGGUCACGCAGUAAGUGGGUUUUCUCGUCAACUUUUGUUUGAUUUCCGUUUCAAAAGUCUGCCAUGGACAUAAAAUGUGGGGCGAUAUCCCGUGAGACAAAGGAUGCCGAUGAAAAUGUUCAGCAGAUCUGUGAUAAAGUGAGGCCUGAUGUGGAAGAGAAAGCAGGGAAGACCUAUGAUGUUUUCACAGCCAAGAGCUACAAGACUCAACUUGUAGCUGGGACAAACUACUUCAUCAAGGUCCACAUUGGCGGAGAUGAUUACAUUCACCUCCGUGUUUGGAAAAAACUCCCAUGUUAUGGAGGAGAUCUUAAGCUGUCAGACAUACAGGUCUCCAAGAGCCACCACGACUCCAUUGAUUACUUUUAAAAGGUUCACAGUCCAGCCACAGGACCCGGUGGUCAGCAGUGAAGACGUCAAAUCAUCAAUAUCCAGCGACGGCGGGGCAAAGAGCACCUCAUGUAUUAGUAAAAUACAGCCAUCGGCUCUUGUGUAAACUGUUUACUCCUCUGUAUCUGUGACAGCUCACUUAGAGAGGAUCUUGAAACCAACUUCUGCAAAUCACAUGUUUUUGUGGUUUUGUGGUUGUUCUGGCACGCUCCCUGCUUUAUGACUUAAAAUAUGAGCCUGUAAGCAGUAGGGUAAUCCCUGAUCUUUGCCUUUACUCACAUCUUGGUUGCAUCUUGUGACUGAUGUUCCUUAUUGUUUUGCACGCAGUACUCCCAGUCAUACACUAAACGAUGACUCAUAUGUCUGCAGCUUGA